CGGAUUAGAGAGAUGCAUAACAGUAACCCUAGGAGAAUUACAUAAAUUAGGGUUUAUACAUCGAGACAUUCAGGCAUCAAAUAUAAUAUUAAAUAUAAAAGGAAGACCCCAAUUAGUUGAUUUUGGAUUUGCAUGCAAAAUAAACCCUAAUCGGCCCCGUGCAUAUUCCUUCUGCGGUACCCUUCAUUCUAUGGCUCCAGAGGUUGCAGCCCUCGGUGUGGGGGCCCCCUCAAGGGGCCCCCCAGGGGGCCCCCAAGGCUCUACCAACACAGGGGCCCCACAAGGGGGACCGCCUCAGGGGGCCCCUUCUGCCAGCAGUGCUGCAGGGGGAUGUCCUGGGGGCCCCUCCGGGGGGCCCCCAUUGGGGGCCCCAGAGGCAGAAGGAGCUGCAGAAGGGUACUUGGGGGCCCCCGUGGAUUGCACAGCCCCCUUUGGAUAUAGAGACUAUGAAAAAGACCCGUAA